AUGUUUUAAGAUAGUAAAGUGCAUGGGCCUUCAUUGGAAUUACAAAACUUGGGACCACUACAUAAAUCUAUAAGCAAAAUAACAGACCCUGAUAUGCAAAGUUUUGAGUGUUAGAAAAAUACUUACAUCAUUUCUCCAAGAGCAUAACGAUUUGACAAACUGGGAAAUUUGAUUCACAAAAAUUAGAAAAAAAAAUACCAGAUAACAUUUAGAGAUGAAGUAACAGCCAAGACUAAAUUGUAUGAUAUUAUUCUGGUGGACAAUUGGAAAAAAUACAACAUUAUAGAUGAAGAAAAGGAGAAAGUAGGUUGUUGUAGAUCCAGUAGUUGUUAGCUAUUUUGA